GGGGCCGCGGGCCCGCGCUCGGAAGAAGGGCGGCGGCGCGCAGGGAGCGGGGAGGCUCGGGAGGCCGGAGGGCAGGAGCCUCGAGCCGCGCGGCAGCACCGACCUGAGAGCCGCCACCGCAGCCGGGACGCGCGAUCUGAUUUGUAUUCACGGCCACCAGCACUGCCCACCUAAGACCUUGUGGAUCCAGACCAAGGGCUCAAGCUCACUGGACUCCUCAGAACGAAGGAGGCUGCAGUCUGGAAUUCCCUGGUGGAGGACUGACUCCACACUCUCUGGUCUUGCCCUCUGAUGAUGAAAGUGUGACCGCCGGCGUCUUCAUGAGCUCCAGAGGUCACAGCACGCUCCCACGGACUCUCCUGGCCCCUCGGAUGAUUUCCGAGGGAGACAUAGGAGGCAUUGCUCAGAUCACCUCCUCUCUCUUCUUGGGCAGAGGCAGCGUGGCCUCCAACCGGCACCUGCUCCAGGCCCGUGGCAUCACCUGCAUCGUCAAUGCUACCAUCGAGAUCCCCAACUUCAACUGGCCGCAGUUUGAAUAUGUUAAAGUGCCUCUGGCGGACAUUCCUCAUGCCCCCAUCAGACUGUACUUUGACACUGUGGCCGACAAGAUCCACAGUGUGAGCAAGAAGCACGGGGCUACCUUGGUGCACUGUGCUGCAGGGGUGAGCCGCUCGGCCACCCUCUGCAUCGCCUACCUGAUGAAAUUCCACAACGUGUGCCUGCUGGAGGCAUACAACUGGGUGAAAGCCCGGAGGCCUGUCAUCAGGCCCAACGUGGGCUUCUGGAGGCAGCUGAUAGACUACGAGAGCCAGCUCUUUGGGAAGUCUACGGUUAAGAUGAUACAGACACCCUACGGCGUCAUUCCAGACGUUUACGAGAAGGAGUCCCGACACCUGAUGCCUUACUGGGGAAUUUAGCACCGGCACAGCCGGCGUCCACAGCCCCUCAGCACUACCAGCGUCUGCCACACACCGUCUGCUCCCCUCUUCCUCUCUGAUUCUCCCACAGGUGUUUCUACACUGGGCAUUUGGAUUUAAGAGAUGCGGAGGGGAAAAAAACACAUUGCUAGGAACGUUUUUUAAGACUAGCAUUUUGAAAUAGCGACCAGAAAAUCUCUAACUGGCCUUUAAUCGUUUGUAACAACUGGGACAGUGUAGGCCACUGUCCCUGCUCUCUUUCUGCCUCCUUCCUACUAGAUAUCUGCAGGAUGAGCUCCUUGCAAAUAUCCCUUUGGGCCCUGAUUAACCCUCUAGAGACCAGCUUUGCCUAUGGCUGCCAGCUGGACAGUAGUUUAGGGGAGAUCAAGGCCAGCUCAGUCUCUACAGGAUUAGCCCGGUCCUUUCUUUUCCUGUUCCUUAGCGAUUCUCUAAGUUAGCCAUCGUUAUUUAGUUGAUAAGUGAUUAUGGUAAAAUCUGUUGCAAAGACCCUCUUGAAAUCAGUGCGGCCCGGGAUUAUAUUAGCAUUAUUUUUAAUAAACCUCCCUGCAUAACAUAAA